CACAGUCAGAUCUCAUUAGUUUUUACCAAUGGGUGGUAGAGUAUGAAGUGCCAGAGCUGCAGAAAAGUGAAACAGGAACAUAUUGAAAUCGGUCAAACCAUCUUGCUUUCGGAACGAAUAUGUCUUAAGCCAAUAGGAUGUGGGAACACAAGGUACACGCAAAAAGAUGAUGCGUCCGAACCGGUUGUGGUUACCGAUACCGUUGGUUACUUUAACAGGACAGGAUUGCAUCUUUAGAGCAAACACCGAAUAAUUGCGAGAUUCCUCAUAGCCCCAAAACAACUGCACAAUUGCCACAAAAAGCGGUGUCCGAAGUAGCAGUUACAGUAGCACUCUGGUAGUAUGUACGUGCGUGCGUAUACCAUGCGCUGUGGGGGAAAAGGGAAUGAGUGCUUACAAUGCUUGCCAGUCCAGAGAUAAAAAGUGUAAAUAUAACAAUAAAUUACAAAUGUUACGUAGAUGGCAAAUAAUGAAAGCAUAAAGAUGGAGAUGGCGAGAAGAAGAAGAAUGCACAUAAAAGCGUAGUAGGAAUGUAUCGAAUGGCGGAGUAGUGUCCACCGGUAAAGCUGCGGAACGCUUUCUGCAGUGAAUCCGGUGCCACCUCUCUCGACGAACUGACCCGGGCAAACUCUGGAAGAUGUGAUAAUUCUAUUUGUACUAAAUUUGUGCUAACUUUGUGUACCGAGCGUAUGAAAAGUAAGAGGGGGGAAACGUGGAAUCCAUAAUUCGUAAGCGCACCGUGUGGGAGUAAGAAGUAAUAAUAAUAAACCAACAAACGGCAACAAAAUAAGGCACACCAGAGCCAGAGUGAAAUGGUGGGAGAUUGCGGUAUGUGUGGGUGCGUGCGUAUAUAAUUGGUGGCUAGAAUUAAAUUCUCGAACAGCGGCGACUUAGACGAUACCAUGGACCAUGUAGCGCUUCCCCCACAAGUAGGCAACGAAAGAAGCAGUUUUGGAUUAUCAAAGUAACAUCAGGGUGAAUUAUCGUCGUCAGACAAAGGCGAAAGGAGUGGUUCGUUAGUGGGGAAUGUGCAGGGUAAUAGUUUCCACUGGUGAUAGCUUCAAAUGAUCGCUCUAUCCUAAAUGCUAUACCCAAAUUUGGACAACAAACACUCCUUUGGUCUCGACACGCACAGCUUCCUCCUACCGCUCCGUGCUGGUGGCUGAUUUGGUCGAGUGUUGGGACAUUUUCUUCCAUUGCACUUUCAAUCAUUCAAUCGGCGCGUUAUUGUGUCGUACAUUUAGAAUGUAAGUGAGCCGAAUCAUUCCUCUCUCAGGUUCCCGUAAAUGCUUCCACCAUUUUCAAUUUCAUCGUUCUUUUUUCGUUUCAAAUCAGAGCGCUGAAUGGUGGAAGUGGAUGCUUUGAAUGGAAAAUUAAAACACGCACGCCCUCCGUCGUGGCACAGUAACGGCUUCCCGUGCACUAAACCAUCUUUUUAAUGCCGCCUUGAUGAUUCGCCUGAUCGUCGAAACUGUGCUAUUUUGGUUCUAGAAAUUUAGAAUAAGUUGAAAAAUCGGUGGGUGGGGUUUGGUAAGUUCCUUAUACCGUAAAGUAAUGUAACAACCCGGCAAGCAUUGCCCGUCAAGGAUAUGGCCUUUGUUCGUGGGUGAUGGAUGCUGCUGAUGGAAAAGGCAAGUUCUCAUAUAAUCGAAGAUCGAUGGGGCAAGUUGUGUGGAUACCAAGCGGGAACAGUCGAUCGCAAAAAACCCGCGAAACAAAGAGGACACGGCACAAUAUAAUUAAUAUCUUGUAUUCCCCUCCUACGUGACCACAUGCAACCCAAAGCCCCAAUCACUCACCGAAACGUCCGGUAAUCGGUUUAAGAAACGCAUCAAACACUAAGCAAACUAUAGCCACUUACAAUUACGAUUUAAUGAAAAGUCAGCUUGCUUUUGAAGCUAGUGCAUCGACGGGCUGUUGGUGGAUGGUGUAGGAGUUUCCGUUCCGGAACAGUGAGUCAUUAUUGCAACGAGCGAAUUGAUUAUAUCCGGAGCUUCUUCGUCGAGGAGGUCGAGUACGAGAGGUGUUGCAAAAUGGUGGUGCGCGGCGUGCGCAAACCGUGCCAGAGAAUGAGUGAAAAAUCGCUGAUUUUAAUGAGGAGAGCAAAAAUAAAGUAUCAAAGAAUGGAUGCAACGCUGCGAGAUUGGCGAUCAUGAUAUCGUGAAGCUGAAGUGGUGCGUGUUUUACUUUUAUCAUUUCGUUUGUCUUCUCCAUUGUUACACUUGUUACGGGAGGCAGGUAUGUUUGGUUUGUCUGUUUUAAUUUAGAAGUUGCAGUCUUUUUACGAGCAAUUCAAGAAUUUAUCUGUUCCGAAAAUGGAAAAUGGAUGUGUCUGAAGUACUGAAAUAAAAUGUAUGUCUCGCUGAAACGUGUUCUGUGUAUGACCUAUAAAUCAUUCUGGUUUUUCCAACAUUUACAAAACAUCCAC